CCUGACUUGAGCCUGCCAGAACUAAACCUUCCCAUGUUCUGCCUUUAAGGGCUGCUUCACAACAAGCUGCCACAAUGAUGAAAACCAGAUUCUGGAGUAAGAAAACGCAGGACCUCGAUGUGUCGCAAAUAAAUCAUGUGUGAAAGGCAGCCACAAAUAAAAAAUGGCUUCUCACAAGUCGAAGAGUGGCACAACAACAAAUUUUACAAAAGCAGCUGAGGCAUCGAGUCCAUUGGAUGAUUAUGUCACACCUGGGGGAUAUGAGCUGGAGAAAAUCCUCAACCGUGGGAGUGUGGCAUACACUCAUGUCAAUGAGGUCUGGCCUAAUGUCUACAUUGGAGAUGAGCAGACUGCAAAGGACAAGUAUAACCUGAAGAAGUUGGGGAUCACACACAUCUUGAAUGCAGCAGAGGGGACGUGGAAUAGCGUGGACACUGGACCUGGUUACUACAGUGACAUGGGCAUUGUUUACUAUGGCGUGGUAGCAGAAGACAUCCCAACAUUUGACCUAAGUCAGUAUUUCUCCUCUGCUGCCCAGUUUAUUCAAGAGACACUCAGCAAUCCUCAGAAUAAGUUGCUGGUCCAUUGUGUGAUGGGAAGGAGCCGUUCUGCCACACUUUUCCUUGCCUACCUCAUGAUCUACGAGAACAUGACGGUGGUGGACGCCAUUGAUCAUGUCAAGAAACGCAGGCGGAUCAUACCCAACUGGGGCUUCCUGAAGCAACUAAGAGAACUGGAUGAGCAGCUCACGGAGAAAAGGAAAAGCUGAUCAGCAAAAAGUUGAUUGAACUUUUUCCCUUUAUUGUGGACUAUUGCAAGCCAAGUUCCUGGUUUUAACUAACUAACAAAUCUAGUUUCAAAUUAUCUUAGACAAGUCAAAGGUAAAAGUAAUUUGUCACAAGUUUCAGUUUGGAGUAAAACUAUUCCAAGUUUAUCACUUCUAAUAUCAAGUCCUUAAUGGCAAACUCAAGUUAGGUGAAACAAAUUCAAUUUUAAUUCUAGAAAGUCUCAAAAGUCUCAAAAGUGCAAAGCUAGCCAAACCCUUAGAAUAUCUCUGACAGGCCUUGGACUAACACAUGAUUAAAAUCAAAGCAAAACAAUCAAGUACAUGGUCAAUCAUAAUUUAUUCUUAUGCUAAAAUGUACAGCAUUUUAAGUGACUGACAAAAGGAGAAAAGUCAUAAAUACAAGAAUGUCAUUCUGUCCCAAUUUGUGUGCACAUAGCCAGGUAUUUCCCCCCUGUUCUUACCAGCAACUGUACAGGUACAAAGGCUACAAAAGAGCAAUAUUAACAAAAACACAAGUACAAGUUGCGUUUUACAUGCAAUCCAUUAGCUUAGUUUGGUCUAUUCACAGGCUCUAUUCUUCUACACUUCAGUAAAAUAUAAAUCCAACAUUUUAUAAAGAUAGAAAACAAAUCUACAGAUGGAAUGAAAACGUAGCUUUAAAGGCAUUAUGUAAAAUAUCGACUUUGGACUAAAUUUAUAUCUUCUUUAUUGUUAUUCAUCAUUAUAAUUAUUUAGUCUUUUAAAUUCUGCCACACUUCUGGACACUUUGAAAUGUUUUAGAAUUUUUAAGGGUACAAACACUGAGAUAUGCUUUGUUAUUUUGACAGAAAUCAGUCUGCUUUAUUAAACAGAAAGCUGCCUCAAGGAGAUCUGUUACAAAAGACUUCAGAAUUAUACAUACAUCGCAAUAAAACCUCUCAAACCAAACAAACAGGACUAAGUUUACAUUAUUUUUACAUUAUUAGAUUUAACAAAAUAUAGUUCAUCUUUCUCCCUGUGGAGGGAAACCUAAUAAAGGCCAGAUAUUUUUAAAAUGGCUUGCUAUUAAGCACAACACUUGUACAGUACUACUCAAUGCACUGUCACUAACAGAGACUGAAGCAUGCUUUUUGUCACUUUACAAAAUAAGUACAAUAAUUUAAAUAUACAAAGGCAUGAGUAUAGUACAAACUAAUUGUCAGCACUGUUAGACAGGUACACUGAACAGGUUCAAACAGCCACGAUCUCCACUCUCCACUUGUAGCAGGCACAUUAAAUGGCUUCAUUUGAGGCUGCUACACAACUGCAAGACCACUGAUGAAUUCUCUACGUCUGAGCGCUGAACCCGCCUGGCUAAAGACACAUUUGAGACACUAACACUAAUUAAAUAGAUUUUCAUCAUAAUGAUGUAAGGCUUCCCAUCUGGAGGACAAAAAUACUUUUUUAACGUUAGCUUCAAAGUUAAGUUAAUGAUGAAAAUUUUUGCAUUCUUUCCAAGUGCUGCUGCUGGUUUUUAAGUAAUAAACAUGAAAUAAAA